AUGUUCGUCCACAGUAUAUUCUUACUGCUUGCUGUUGUCAUUUAUGGCUCUCUAGCGGACAAAAGUGACAUUGCUAAUUGUCGAUACACCAGUUCUGCAGGUAAAACCAUCGAUCUGUCCCCUUUAAUCGCCAGUAAUGGUUCGUAUGAAUGGCAGGAGAAGGCAUACACCAUAAACGGCUAUAGCCUGGAUUCUUUAAUCUCGGACGACCUGAACACGUACUUCUUUGCGUUGCAGGUCUGUAAGAACAUACAGACCAAACCUCAUCCCAGCUGUAACGAGACCGGAUCCAUAUUUAUGAUGACCAAGACAUCCUGCACUUCCAUGGGGAAUGCGGAAGUAGCCAUGUUCCAGUCUAACCCAUUUGGGGACGGCGUUUACUUAGCCCAGUACCAUGGACAGUCUCUCAACCACAUCGCACGAUACUCCUCUCAUCUCUAUUUCGUGUGUAAUCCAAACGUCACCAUGGAAACCCCAAUUUUCGAACACAUUCAUGACGAUUUAAAACAAGCUCACUUUAAAAUAUUUACCAAAUACGCUUGUUAAUGGUAUGAACUAUUUAAUACAGAACAUAACUGUUUAAAUCUGUUUUAAAAUUAUAAUUA